GCAAGGAAACAGAAUUAGAUCUAUUACAAAGAAAGCAUUUUCUGGCUUGGAUGCACUUGAACACCUGGAUCUAAGUAAUAAUGCAAUUAUGUCAGUUCAAGGAAAUGCUUUUUCACAAAUGAAGAAACUCAAAGAAUUGCACUUAAAUACAUCAAGUCUCUUGUGUGACUGCCAGUUAAAAUGGCUACCGCAGUGGAUGUCAGAGAACAACUUUCAGAACUUUGUAAAUGCCAGUUGUGCCCAUCCUCAGCUACUAAAAGGGAAAAGUAUUUUUGCUGUCAGCCUGGAUGCAUUUGUCUGUGAUGAUUUUCCUAAGCCACAGAUCACUGUCCAGCCAGAAACCCAGUCAGCAAUUAAAGGCUCCAAUUUGAGUUUUGUAUGUUCGGCAGCCAGCAGCAGUGAUUCUCCAAUGACCUUUGCAUGGAAGAAAGACAAUGAAUUACUGCAUGAUGCUGAAAUGGAGAAUUAUGCACACCUCCGGGCACAAGGCGGUGAAGUGAUGGAGUAUACCACCAUCCUUCGACUGCGCAAUGUUGAAUUCAGCAGUGAAGGGAAAUACCAAUGUGUAAUUUCAAAUCACUUUGGUUCAUCCUACUCUAUUAAAGCCAAACUUACAGUAAACAGUAAGUAUGUUAUCUGUUGCUUGUAGAUAAGUAGAAUGAUU